AUGGCAAUGGAGAACACAAAAGUCGAAACAUCUGUGACCAUUAUAUUUCAAAUACAAGGCGAACAAUACCAAGAUGGGAGGAAGAAAACAUGCCUGUUGAUAACAAGAAACACCAUACCACAUCUUAAGGAGGAAAUGAAAGAAAUAAGCUUUCUUCUAGUUAUUGAACCAUUGUCUCGAUGGAGUGUGUGCCACUCUAAUCAGAAAGUCGAGCCAUUGAAGCCAAAGAACGGGCGCUGGACAAAAGACCAAUAUCUCGGCUAUGGUGGCACUAAGCUUGCCAUUGACAGUGGGGCCCAGACCCCCAAUGGAGACUAG